AUGUUGAACACAGCUGAUUCUUUUGGUCACAUCAGCGGCAUCUUCAAGCUUCUAAACUGGACCCAACAAGCCGAUAAUGCUUUCUUUCGGGAGCAUGGGGCUGCCUCCAUUGAGAGCUUUGAUGUUCUCGCAAACAAAUCAUCGGAACUCUCACACUGGACACACGAUACAAUUCCUGUUACCUGUCAUUCACACAAUGACCAUGGACAUCGCAUCUUAUUACAAUCCGCGAUCUCUUCAGGGUGCAUAAGCAUUGAAAUGACCCUUUUCCCUGCUGGAAAUGAGCUUUUGAUUGGACCGAAUCCCGAUAUGCUGUCACGAGCAAUCAAUCUCCGGACCCUCUACGUUGAUCCUCUACUGAGGAUGCUUCGAGAGAAUAACCAGAAGCUAGAAAAUCUACCCCCUGGACCAUUUCCACAUGAUAACGGGCUUUCAGGCGUGUUUCCAGAUGAUCCCACCCAAACACUUGUAUUGCUAAUGGACUUUGGCGAUGACCCGGAGCGGGUAUGGUCUCUACUUAUUCCACACAUUGAGCCUCUGCGAGAGGCCGGUUUCCUGACCCAAUUCAAUAGAUCAGUUACUAUACAAGGUCCGAUCACAAUCGUUGCCACCGGCAAUGUACCAUUCCAUCGGAUCUUGGAACGGAGCACCUCCAGAGACGUCUUCUUCGAUGCUCCACUCUUGCAACUCUUGCCAUCGUACGAUCAAAAGAUUCUGCAAAAUUCCGACUACAGCGCUCGAAACAGCUACUAUGCAUUCGCUGACUUCCACGCAGCAAUAGGGACUGUGGGUUGUAAUGGAUUUUCAGACAAGCAGCUCGCCGAUCUUCGUCAACAGGUACAAAUAGCUCAUGGCCUUGGCCUUAAAGUCCGAUAUGGGGGUACGCCACAUUGGCCUCGCAAGUUGCGAAACUAUGUGCGAUGCAUACUCGCCCGCGAAGGUGUGGAUAUCAUCACUGUUGAUGAAUUAAGCCAUCGGCCUCAAGGGAACUGA